AUGUCUAAUCAAACGCCCUAUAUUGGGAGUAAGAUUAGCCUAAUAUCGAAGCUCGACAUACGUUAUGAGGGUAUUCUCUACACCGUCGAUACGAAUGAUUCUACAAUUGCGUUAGCAAAAGUGCGUUCCUUCGGCACGGAAGAUCGUCCCACUCCGAACCCAGUUGAAGCGCGAGAUGACGUUUACGAAUAUAUAAUCUUCAAAGCGAACGAUAUCAAAGAUCUCAUCGUUUGCGAAACUCCCAAGGUUGCAACUUUGGCCGGAGGCCUGCCCUAUGAUCCUGCUAUAAUUUCGGUUUCUGCUCGUACAGGAUCGGCAGCUGCGAACGAGCAGCAAGCAUCCGCAGGCUCGUCCCGCUCCGAUACGCCGCAUCAUCGUACAAGUCCUAAUUUAGCUCAGGGAAACCGAGCCCCAGGAGCAGGUCGCAAUCAAAAUGCACGAGGAAAUAGAGGAAAUUUCAACCAAGCUGGCGGUACGUUGCAAUUCAGUGCAUGA